UACAAAAUGUGGUUUCGACAAAGCAUUUAUUUAGGCCACUUUUAAAAAGAAAUGAAACAAGAAUACCCUUUUGCCUUGCAAAAUUUUCCCUCUCGCAAAUCAGAAAUACGAAUUUGCCUUUUGCAAAUACAUAAGGUGCAACCGACCAUUGGAAAUCACUGCACAUUGUUCGCUUGCCACAGGGACGCCAGGAGGAGGAAACAGAUGCACAUUAGGGUAUUCAAGUUCAUUGGAGGAUGAAAGGGUUAAUUAAAUGACAGACCCCUCCCAUUAUUGACCGGCAAUAUAUUAAUACCCACGGCAGCCGGUGAAAUAAUCCGGUACUCGUCGGACAGGAGAGGUGCGGUGCUGUCUGAGACUCCGUGGUGCUGAAACUGCCGCCCGCCGCGAUGUGGUCCGUGUUUUUCGUGUUUCUGUCUUAUUUAGACAGGAACUUUGUUAAAGGCGAGUUCUUAAACCAAGCUUUAGAUGCAGAAAAAGAGAGCAAAGAGCUCUUUUACAUGCUCAACAACACCCUUUGCGCCAAAAGUUCGGUUGUGGGAGAGUAUCAUCUCCAUCAGGUCACCGAUGGGGCUGAAGAGGUUCGCUCUGUGCACGACUCCGAGGGCCGUCUGGUCGACUGCUCUGUGAGCCAAAACCAAAUGCAAGUUAAAUCCUUCAUGCACGUGUGCAGACUGGGGCUGAGGAACCAAAUGAGCUCGGAUUUGAAGAUGAGUUUGACUGGGGUGUCCGAGGCGAAGGCUAACUGUGGCAAGCUGAAAUCGAAAGGCGACAGGAAUGUGAUCAGGACAACAAAACAAGCAAAAGAGCCGAACUCGGAUGCUGCGAACAAUAAAAAGACGCGAACCAAGCGAGGCUUCACGUAUCCCGGGACACUUUGGUGCGGUGCAGGAAACAUCGCAGAUCAUUACGAUCACUUAGGCGAAUUCGAAGAAACUGACAGAUGUUGCCGCGUUCACGAUCACUGCCCAUAUGUCAUCCAUGCGUUCUCCUCCAAUUAUGGAUACACCAACUUCAAAUGGCACUCCCUCAGCCACUGCGACUGCGACAACGCCUUGAAGGAAUGCCUGAGACUUGUCAAUGACACUUCAUCCCGAGUGGUUGGACAAGCCUUCUUUAAUGUGAUCGAAGUUCCUUGCUUCGAGUUUUCAUUUGAAGAGCAGUGUGUUGAGCGUCACUGGUAUGGGGUGUGUAAAAAGUAUGACAGAGUUCCUGUGGCAGUGAUUAAAGAAUCAAUCCCUUAUGACUUUGGAGGCAUUGAUGUCAUUGAUGUAUUGACUAUCGCUCCUCCAAAGAAGAAACAGUCAGACGAAGAAAAGCAGAACACAACAUCCUCUGAAAGCACCACGCAGUCAUCAUUCUCCAGGACAGCUGCCCCUGAGGAGCCCUCGCUCACAAACGUUGUGACGGCAGCAGAGGAUUUCAUUAAAGUGCUCGCCACAGUCUCCACCUCUCAAAGCUCGUCUGCAGACGCAGGCAAAGGAGAAACUCAGACGUCAGAGAAGAAGAGGAAGAAAAAUUCCAGCAAGAAGAAAAAAGAGAACAAGAAGAAAAGAGGAAAGGGUAAAGGCAGGAAGAAGAAUAAAAAACUUAGCGCUGUGUUGAAGGUCGACGAAGGGACGACCGGAGCGCCGUCGACCGGUCAGACAGAGGAGGUCAUGGGUAAGAACAACUUUGCAGAGGAAGCAGCAAAGAUGAAUCGGUUUAGAAUAAAAGAAAACAAUUUCAUGAACAGUGAGCUAGACUCCGAAGGAAAUAAGAUGAUGAGAGACGAUCCUCAGAGGACAGUGAAUGAUAAUCAGGAUGUUGUUACCAUUACCACCUCAAUAAAGACCAAAGAUAAAGAACCAGAGAUUCUAGAGCACAGACAAGCAAACGACACAGAGUUAGUCUCCACCUCGCCUGCGGCUCACAUUACCCCAGCUGUCCGCGAUAAGACCAGAGCUAAGCUGAGACAAAGAGCCAGAAAGAAAAAUCAAAGAAAAAACAACGCUCUCACGGAAGCCAAGGAAGAAACUCUCGCGACUAGUGCGUCUGAAGGUGUCAGCUUCGUAACGUCAAAACCUGAGCGUCCAGCGGGCGCCGUAAGAAACGAGAUGUCGCUAAGGACAAUGCACUCGGAAGAAAACGGACCUGUGGUUACUACAGCACAAAAUUCACCCAUUGUUAGAACCAAAAGGCCAAGUUCAAGGCAGAGAGAAGGAAGAAAGAGAAUGAGGAAAAUCAUUGCCUCCUCUACAGAAGAACCUCCUCGUGAUAUCAGCUCUCAGGAUCCACUAUUGUUCACAGGUUCUGCAACUGUGAGGCCAACCGAUGUACUAGAGCGACUGGGAUUGGACCAACUUGAAAACCCAACGGAAAGUUUGAAGGACACCAAUGGUAGGAAGAACAAAGGAAGGCGUGUAAUCAAAAUCUGCUAUGAAGCCUUUUUGCCUGAUGUUGCAGACACCACACCCCUCCCGAGUCUGAUCGAAAAGGACACUGAGUUUCAGUUGAAGGAUCCGGAGAGGAACACAGCACCAAUGUUUCCUCUCCUACAGACUAACACUGCAUCCACGGCAACCCGCAGACCUAAGACCACCAAAAAGAAGAGAAGCAGGGAGCGAGGACAUCGAGAAAAGCGUGGAAAAGUUAAGAAAGAAUGAAACUCAAGAAGCUCCGCAUGGUGCGACCAAACUUUUUUUUAUUAUCUUCUAGGCUGCCAUACGAUAUUGUUUUAAUAAGCAGCAUGUUUUUACCUACUCUGUUUUUAUAACUCUGUUGAUGGUAGACUGAUAGAUCGGAUCAGUUUUAUAAAGCAUGUGUUUCUCAACAUGAUUGCUGAAUAAAGUAUAUAAGAGCACUGGUGGUCCUUCCAUUAGAAUGCUUUGAGAAAACAUUCCUUUUCUUCACAGUAUGGUUUUUGUUUUUAAUAAACAAAAAGUUGUGUUC